UGAUGCGUACAGAAGGAUAGACGAACGGGCAUGAAAAAAACAAAAAGAAAGCAGAAAAACAAAAACAAAACCAGAAAAAAAACGGCCAUGAAAAAAAAAAGUCCAAGCGGACGGACGAACGGACAUGCCGACGGAUAGACAAGCGGACGGACGGAUAGACGAACGGACAUGCCAGCGGACGGACGGAUAGACGAACUGACGGACGUACGGAUGGGACCGCAGUCAGCAGAGGCAGCCAAGACGUCAGUGGCGCUCGGGAGGUCGGAGGGAGAAGGCGGGUGGAUGAACGCAGGUCCUGUGUGUGCGUCCGCGUCCGUGUGCGUGUGUGUGUGUGGCAGCGGAGAGGAAGAGAGAGAGAGAGAGAGAGAGCCUCGAGUGUGCGCAUAACGGCUGAGCUUCUCUCGUUCCUCCUUUCCUGCCGUUCUUUCCCGUUCUUUCUCGCGGAGACGAAAGACGAUGCUCACGAUGCGCCGGAUACAUAACGGGGAUUCGAGUACGUAAUGGACACUCAGCGCCGGCGAUUGGAGGGAGAGGAAAGGGCGAUUGGCGAGUCUCCGUUCUUCCGCAAGGUGGGCGUCCCCUGCUAGUGGUGGUGAUGAAGUGUUGGAGGCGAAGUGAGAGUGGUGGUCGGUGGUGGUGAUCUCCGUGCGGUGGAGGAGAUGAGACUGGGGAAGGAGGGAUGAUAAAGGGAGGAAACUGGAGAGUAAGAAGGAUAAAGUGGUGAUGAAGGAUGAAACUUGGAAAUAAAGGAUAAAGUUGGUGAGGAAGGAUAAGACUAGAAAAUCAUGGAUGAAGCGAAGGUGAGAAGAGAAAUCGUACGCGAAUCGGCAGAGGAAGUGAUUUGUAAAUAUAGAAAAAGGAAUUUCGAAAUGAGCUUAAUCCACGUGCAAACUCAUACUGCCUAAUCAAAAAACAAAGAACAAAAAAACAAAAAACAAACAUAUAAACAGAACAAACACACACGACAUUUUACCAAACUUUUAAACGCGUGACAUGCCAGUCAAAAACUACACCCACACACACAAGCAGACAUCAUAAACCUCAUUAUAAACCUUAUUACAAACACACACUUUAAAAAAAAGCUUAUCGGAACUAAAACACGCUAUACCUCAAAACAAUGACUUCAAGACAGUGCUAAACCCUCGCCAAGGUCAGUUCGUAAGGGCGGUUCUGUGCCAUGACGCUAUGAUAUCAAGCAAAGAGUCACUCGCUAUGGAUCGGCUUGACCUUAGAAAGAAACUCAACGCUACUAAAGGUCUUCCCAAGUUGGAGGUUGACGGCGAGGCAGAAGGCGGGGGGUCGAAGGCCUUGUUCCUGGAAAAGGUGCGCCAGAGCAAUGCCGCGUGCCAGUCCGGAGACUUCGAGACCGCCGUGGCACUCUACACCGAGGCCAUCGCGCUCGACCCCCACAACCACAUCCUCUACUCCAACCGCUCCGCCGCCCACAUCAAGCUCGCCAAGUUCGCCCACGCCCUUCAGGAUGCCACCAAGGCGCGCGAGCUCAACCCCAAGUGGCCCAAGGCCGUCUCCUACAUGCAGCAGGACCUCGCGGUGGCCAAGUCACUCGGCGACAUCGCGGGCGAGUGUCGGGCGCAUGGCAACCUCGGCAGCGCCUACUUCAGCAAAGGCAACUACAAGGAGGCCCUGACGUCACACCGGUACCAGCUGGUCCUCGCCAUGAAGUGCAAGGACACGCAGGCAGCGGCGUCGGCGCUAACCAGCCUCGGCCACGUGUACACAGCCAUCGGCGACUACCCGAACGCGCUGGCGUCGCACAAGCAGUGCGUGCAGCUGGUCAAGCAGAUGGGCGACAAGCUGCAGGAGGCGCGCGAGAUCGGCAACGUGGGCGCCGUGUACCUGGCCAUGGGCGACUUCGACAGCGCCGUCGACUGCCACAUGGAGCACCUGCGCAUCGCCAAGCACCUCAGCAACAAGGUGGAGGAGGCGCGCGCCUACAGCAACCUGGGCUCCAGCCACCACUACAAGCGCAACUUCGACCAGGCCAUCGCCUUCCACAACCACGUGCUGCGGAUCGCGCAGGACCUGGGUGACAGGACCAUCGAGGCGCGCGCCUACGCGGGCCUGGGCCACGCAGCGCGCUGCAUGAGCGACUACGGCCAGGCGCAGCGCUGGCACGAGAAGCAGCUGGACAUGGCGCUCAGCACCAAGGACAAGGUGGCGGAGGGCCGGGCCUGCUCCAACCUGGGCAUCGUGUACCAGCUGAUGGGGCACCACGACGCGGCGCUCAAGCUGCACCAGGCGCACCUGAACAUCGCGCGGCUGCUACAGGACCGCGCGGGCAUGGGCCGCGCCUACGGCAACAUCGGCAACGCGUACUCGGCCAUGGGCUACUAUGAGCAGGCCAUCAAGUACCACAAGCAGGAGCUGACCAUCAGCAAGGAGGUGAACGACCGCAUGAGCGAGGCCUCGACGCACGGCAACCUGGCCGUGGCCUACCAGGCGCUGGGCAUGCACGAGAUGGCGCUGCUACACUACCACUCGCACCUCAACAUCGCCCGCGAGCUCAAGGACACGGCCGGCGAGGCCUGCGCGCUCCUCAACCUCGGCAACUGCCACUCGUCGCGCGGGGAGUUCGCGCAGGCCGUGCCCUACUACGAGCAGUACCUCAUGCUGUCGCAGGAGCUGCACGACACCGAGGGCGAGGCGAGGGCGUGCCACUUCCUCGGCUACGCCCACUACUGCCUCGGCAACUUCAAGGAAGCCAUCAGGUACUACGACCAGGACCUGGCGCUGGCGAAGGACCUGCAGGACCGCAAGUCGAUGGGGAGAGCCUACUGCAACCUCGGCCUGGCACACCUGGCCCUCGGCAACUCGGAGACGGCCCUCGAGUGCCAGAAGUACUUCCUGGCCCUGGCGCACAUGAUGAAGCACCUGCAGGGCAAGUUCCGCGCCCUCGGCAACAUCGGAGACGUGCUCAUGAAGAUGAAGAACUACGACGAGGCAGUGAAGGUUUACCAGAAGCAGCUGGUCCUCGCCAAGCAGUCACGUGACAAGGUCCUCGAGGCCUCGGCGUACGGCGCGCUCGGCCUCGCGCACCGCCUCCUCAAGUGCUUCGACAAGGCCCUCGGCUACCACACGCAGGAGCUGACGAUCCGGCAGGAGAUGGGAGACAUCAAGGGCGAGUGCAAGGCCCACGGCCACCUGGGCGCCGUCCACAUGUCGCUCGCCAACUACACCAACGCUAUGAAGUGCUAUCAGGAGCAGCUGGAGCGAGCGAAGGAGCUCAAGGACGCCGCCAUGGAGGCCCAGGCGUUCGGCAACCUGGGCAUCGCGAGGCUCAACAUGGGCCACUUCGAGGACGCCAUCGGCUACCUGGAGCAGCAGCUGGCCACGCUCGAGCAGCUGUCCACCACGACCGCCGUGGUAGACAAGGGCCGCGCCUUCGGGAACCUCGGCGACUGCUACGACGCCCUCGGGGACUCGGAGGAGGCCAUUAAGUGCCACGAGCAGUACCUCGCCAUCGCCCUGAAGACGAAGAGCCCGAGGGACCAGGAGCGAGCCUACCGCGGCCUCGGGAGCUCCCACAGGUGCGUCGGGAACCUCCAGCAGGCACUCGUGUGCUACGAGAAGCGCCUCGUCGUGUCCCACGAGCUCAACAUCCCUGCUGCCAAGGGCUCCGCUUACGGCGAGCUCGGGCACAUCCACUACCUGCUGGGCAACUUCGAGCAGGCGAUUUCCUGCAUGGAACAUCAGCACAAGAUCGCCAGAGAGCUCGGGGACAAGCAGAGCGAGGGCGAGGCGGCGUGCGGCCUUGGCACCGUGUACCAGCAGAUGUGCGAGUACAACACGGCCCUCCGCUACCACCAACUGGACCUCAAGAUCGCCGGCGAGCUCACCAACCCCGCGGAGCAAGGGCGGGCGCACGGGAACAUCAGCCUCGCCUACGAGUCGCUGGGAAAUUUUGAGCAGGCGGUGACCCAUGGCGAGCAGCAUCUCAGCAUCGCCGCGCAGAUGAACGACAAGGUGGCCAAAACGCUGGCCUACGCCUCCCUCGGCCGCGUGCACCACGCCCUGGGCAACACCACCCAGGCCGUGGCGUACCUGCAGCAGGGCCUCCAGAUCGCCGAGCAGCUGGGUCGGCGCGAGGACGAGGCCAAGAUCCGGCACCGCCUGGGCAUGGCCCUGUGGGGGCACGGCGACCUGGAGGCGGCGCAGACGCAGCUCGACCGCGCCGCCCACCUGCUCGACACCAUCCGGCGGGAGGCGCGCGGCUCGCAGGACUACCGCCUGUCCCUGUUCGACCUGCAGACGGCUUCGUACCAGGCGCUGCAGCGGGUGCUGGUGGGCUUGGGCCGCAACGAGGACGCCCUGCUCGUGGCGGAGCGGGGGCGCACGCGCGCCUUCGUCGACCUCCUGCUGGAGCGGCAGGGCGCCUCGACCUCCUCCAGGGCGUCGCGCAUCGAGGACUCGACGCCAUCGUCCGUCGACCAGAUCGUGGACAUCGUCAACCGGCAGAAGGCGUCGGUGUUGUACUACAGCAUCGCCGCCGGUUGCCUCUACAGCUGGCUCAUCGUACCCAAUAAAGGAAUCGUGAAGUUCCACGAGGUGAGCGUGAGCGAGGUGGAGGCGGAGCGCGAGGGCGACUGCGGCGAGGACGCCGUCGGCACGUCGGGCUCGCUGCUGGAGCACUACAUCCAGUCGGUGCGUGACGCCCUCGGCGUGGAGUGCGGCGCCGGCGCCACGCGCGGCGGCGUGUCCAGCGAGACCGAGAGCGAGGCCGGCGACAUGUGGAACGCGCACCUGGAGGAGCUCGGCGACAAGCUCAACCACGAGGCCGACCGGACGGGCUUCCUGCGCAUGGUCAACCGCAACCACCUGUUCAACUCGUCCAACUACUCCCUGUCGUCGCUGUUCUCCCUCGGCUCCGUCAGCGGGUCCAUCGCCUCGGGCUCGGCCUCCAGACCGGGCUCGACGCGCUCCAGGAGGGUCACGUGGCAGGGCCCGUCGUGCCUGCGCUCGCUCUACGAGCUGCUGAUCGCGCCCAUGGAGGACCAUCUGCCCGAGACCGGCGUCACGAGGGAGCUCAUGCUGGUGCUGGAGGGCGACCUGUACCUCGUCCCGUUCCCGGUGCUCAAGGGCACCAACUCCAACGACUACCUGUGCGAGCGGUUCUCGCUGCUGGUGGUGCCGUCCAUCAGCGCGCUCAAGGUGAACCAGCGCUCCAAGAACUCGAAGCCGAGCGGCGAGCAGACGUCGGCGCUGGUCAUCGGGAACCCGAAGCUGCCGAGCACCGUGACGGAGCAGUGGGGCUGGGGCGACAUCCCCUACGCGGAGCAGGAGGCCACCAUCGUCGCCGAGAUGCUGCAGACGAAGGCCCUGACGAGCGCCUGCGCCAACAAGGAGGCCAUCAUUAGGCUCAUCUCGCAGGUGGAGUGCAUCCACCUGGCGACGCACGUGUCGUGGAAGCUGUCGGCCGUGAUCCUGUCGCCGGGCGAGUUCGUGGAGUCGCGCGCGUCGAAGCGGCUGUCGCACUCGUCGCAGCCCGAGGCCAUCCACGAGCACCUGGACGACGAGAGCUCCGACAUCGCCUCCACCAUCGACCUGCCGGCACUCUCCGAGUUCCUCCUGACGGCGGCCGAUAUUCUCAACCUCAAACUGAGGGCCAAGCUGGUCGUGGUGUCGUCGUGCCACACGCGGGACCACCACGGGCGCGCCAACAGCGACGGGGUGGUGGGCUUCAUCCGCGCGCUGCUGGCCGCCGGCGCCCAGUGCGUGCUGGUGUCCCUCUGGCCCGUCCCCGACACCGCCGUCAAGAUCCUCUUCAGAACAUUCUACUCGUCUCUGCUGCAGGGGGCGCGAGUGAGCCGGGCGCUGUCGGAGGCGCAGCAGACGGUCCAGACCACGAAGCACUUCGCCCACCCGGCCAACUGGGCGGGCUUCCUCCUCGUGGGCGCCGACGUCAAGCUCUCGAAUAAGGUGGCGCUGAUGGGUCAGGCGCUGUGCGAACUCCUACGCACGCCUGACAAGUGUCGCGACGCCCUCAGAGUCACGUUGCAUUUGGUCGAGAAGUCCCUCCAGCGCAUCCACCGCGGCCACCGCAACGCCAUGUACACGACGCAGAAAUCUAUCGAGAACAAGGUCGGGAACGUGAACGGCUGGAAGGACCUGCUGAUGAGCGUGGGCUUCCGGUUCGAGCCCGCGGCCAACGGCAUCCCCAGCAGCGUGUUCUUCCCCCAGAGCGACCCCGGGGAAAGGCUCACCCAGUGCUCGGCCAGUCUGCAGGCGCUGCUGGGUCUCUCCCAGACAUCCUUACAGGCAGUCUCGAAGCUCCUAGACUCCCCCGAAUAUGCAGAGGACGUCAUCUCCGUCAUGCGCGCCGUCAUCACCCAGUUCACCGUCAAGGACCUCGAGAACGAAUCCAUUGAGGUCCCGGUGCAUGUCAAGCUGUGGCGGGUCAACGGCUGCCAUGAGCUGCUGGCGUCGCUAGGCUUUGACCUGAUGGAGGUGGGGCGGGACGAGGUGACGCUGCGCACGGGGAAGCAGGCCAACAAGCGCAACAUCCAGUUCGCGCACCAGGCCCUGCUGGCGCUCUUCGACACCCAGGAGGCCCCGAAGAGCCUGAGCGUCGACUCGAGCAGCAGCCUCGAGUCCCUGGUGAGCACCGACGACGAGGAGGAGUCCGUGGCCGCCCCCCCGCCGCCGCCGCCGCCCUCGCAGCCGCUCCUGCCGCACCGCACGGCGCCGCUGCUGCUGGGCCGAGGCGCCUUCUCCAGCUACGUCAGGAACCGCGGCGAGCCCGACGGCGCCCGCGCCUCCACCAGCGAGCAGAAGGGGCGCGAGAGCGACGCCGCCUUCACGCCCUCGCCCGUGGACCCGGGCGCCAAGUACGCCCGCGCCUUCCGCUCGCCGCACGGCCCUCCCAGCGACACGGGCUCGCCGCAGCCGUCGCCGCGGCUGUCCCUGACGCUGGCGCACCAGAACAAGAUCCGCUCCAUGUACACGUCCAACUCGCCGGCCAGCGACGGCGGCGGCAAGCGGCCCGACAGCUCGUCGAGCACGAGCAGCAUGACGGACUGGGAGAGCGGCCAGGCCACGGUGCGGCGCCAGCCCCUCGCCAAGCCCGUGAUUCCCUCCAAGGCGCCCAUCUCCGCCACGCACAGCCGCGUCAGCGACGUCAGCGCCGGCUUCAUGCGCCCGCACUACGUGUCCAUCAACAAGAGCAACUCGCAGGCGUCGUCGGGCUUCGAAUCGCAGAGCUCCGACUCCGACUUCGGGCCGCGGCGCACGGGCACCGUCAGGAGCGUGUAUACCACGGUGGGCAGCGCGUCCACGCUCAAGCUCAGCAAGAGCGCCACCAUGGACACGCUGGACCGCCUGAGCGUGCGCACGGAGGUGGGGCGCCCCGUGGUCGGCGGCGCCCGCGGCCGGCGCGACCGUAGCACCGAGCGGGAGCUGUCCGGCGACAACGCGGAGGGCCAGGCCGCAGGCGCCAGCGCCGCCGUCGUCAGCACGGCCGCCGCGGAGGCCGGCGAGACGCGGGCGGUGCAGACGCGGAAGAUGCCGGAGGUGCAGCUGGACUCGUCCAUCGGGAAGCUGCUGCGGCCGCGCACGAACCACGCGGCGACGAUCCACGAGAACGACUCGCUGUACAACUACCGCUCGGGCGACGAGAUGUCCCUAAAGAUGGGCCACAUGGGCCACAAGAGCAUCCAGGACCACAUCAUCGCCACGCAGAUGUCGCGCCUCAACCGCGAGAUGCCCAUCAGCGACGUGUACCACGAGCGCAACCUAGGCCUGGGCCUGGCGCCGCCGCUCUCCAAGCUGCUCAUGUCGGCGGCGCAGCCCAUCGUGGCGCCCGACCACGCCGACGCCGAGACCAAGUCCGCGUCCGAGGAUAGCUUCGGCAACUUCGACAAGCUGUCGCUGGCCGACGACAACCAGCUGGCGCUGCCGCCCAAGCCCGACUUCAAGCCCAAGCCGCCGCCCAUCCCGCCCAAGCGCUUCGGGCCCAAGCCGUGGGUGUCCGCGCACCCGCAGGUGGCCAGCAUGGGCGUCGGCCUGGACACGUCGAGCGGCCUCCCGCAGGCCAGCGUGGCGGAGCUGAGCCGCCGCGACGAGGGCGACGGCCGCUCCAUGACGGACUCGCACUACUCGGGCUACUCGCCCUCGCGCGGCGCCGGCGCCAGCAAGCCCGCCGAGCUGAGCGGCCCCUUGGCGCCGCCCGCGCAGGCCAGGGGCUACUACGAGCUCAAGAACAGCGCGGGCGUGAGCGGCGCCGAGAGGGAGCAGGACACGCUGGGCGCGGGCCCGCAGCGCCCCGACGAGGCCCUCCUGCACACGGUGGCCGACCUGCACACCUACGCGGCCUUCAACCCCGCCUACGAGCACGACGAGCCCCUGGCCAUGGGGUCGGUGGGAGCGCGCAUCGGCUCCUCGGAGAUCGCCGAGUACAUGGAGCAGCUGCUGGGCACGACGGAGCCCUCGGAGAACGACCAGUCGGACGAGGCGUCGGAGGCCAAGGCCAAGACGUGCAAGCGGCCGGGCAAGCACCCCGUGGCCUGGAGCAAGGCCAAGGGCCACAAGCAGUUCUCGCACCACACGCAGCAGUCGUCGUCGUGCUAGCCCUCGGCGGGCGCCCCGAGCGAGGCCCGAGCGGAGGCCCCGUGAGACGCUGCCCCUCCCGCGCCGCGGCCGGACUCGGAGCCCUCGCGUCCCUUGUAAAUAGUGUGUAUUUAGGACCUGGGGAAGAGAAGACGAGGGGGGGGGGGUCAGAGAGACUGCUGGUGCCACGCCCUGCCCCCGCGAGUGCCAAGUGCGGGAUGCCAUAUUGUGUGAAUGUCGAAGACGAGGUUUCGGGAAUUCUGUCGGUGCCAAAGCCUUACAAAACCUGUUCCAAGCGCGCCUCGUCUUUCGCCUCGUUCCGAUCCCAAGACGAGUGGCCAAACCUGAGUGAGUGUUUCGUGAGGUCUGAGUGUGUCAUAACCUUUUCCUGACUAAAGGAAGCUUCUUUGUAUAAUUUACCAAGAGGUACUAUUGCCCGAGAAUGUGUCGCAAAUGACGCUAUACGUUGUAUAUUUUUUUCCACAAAUGAAUCAAUAGAAUAAAUAAAAAAA